AUGCAGAGAUGUCAAGAUUACAUCCAAUCUUUAGAAGAAGAACGUCGCAAGAUUCAAGUUUUUCACCGUGAACUUCCCAAUUGUCUUGAGCUUGUCACUCAAGAAAUUGAGGCACGAAAGCAGCAGUUAUCAGGAAAAACAACAGAGUCUGAUUAUAAUGUGAUAUCUGAAUGUUCUGAGAAGACAUCAAGUGAAGGGCCAGUUCUGGAAGAGUUUAUUCCUAUAAAGAAAACCUUAUUCACUUCUGUUGAUGAUGAACAAGAAUUGAAGAGUUAUAAUGAUAAUGUUUCAAAGAAAUCAGACUGGCUUAGAUCCGUCAAGUUAUGGAAUCCAACCCCAGAUCCACCCUCCAAAGAGGAUUCACCAAGAAAAGUGUCAGUGUUGGAGGUAAAUAGAAUUAGAAGUGGUGGUGGAUUUCAUCCAUUCCAGAAGGAUAAACGUAGUGUAACAACUCCACAAGGGCCAAUCAGAAUGUCAGUGCCAGUGGCUGCCACCAGUUCUGUGGAGGAGAUAGGCGGCGAUGGUGGUGGUGAAAAUAACAAGGAUGAGAAGGAAGGACAAUUUCAAAGAAAACCUAGGAGGAGUUGGUCACCAGAGCUACAUAGAAAAUUCUUGCAAGCGCUUCAACGACUUGGUGGUUCACAGGUUGCUACACCAAAACAAAUUAGGAAUUUGAUGAAGGUUGAUGGUCUAACUAAUAAUGAAGUAAAAAGUCAUUUACAGAAAUAUAGACUACACAGGAGACGACUAGGUCAUUUGAUUCUCAAUAACAGCAGACAAGCAACACAGUUUGUGGUGGUGGGAGGAGUCUGGGCGCUGCCACCUGAAAAUAAUGCUGCAGUGGCUGCAAAAACCACAGCCGCCACUUGUAAUCGAAUCUAUGCGCCAAUUGCUUCACGACCACCACCAUUACAAAGGCAGCAGUACAAUCAAUUCCAUUCUAAUGAUCGAGCCAGUCAUACUGAUGAUAGAGCUCACUCUCGGUCCCUGGCUACCUCCUCCUCUACACAUACAACCACCAAUUCACCAUCUUAUUGA